GCGAGAGCAAGGGACGCUGUGCGCGCUUUCAUUAUUGUGAGUGGACUGUAAAAAGGUGGAAGAAAACCCGUGUUUAAUCACAAUACUGUCAGCUUCUCGGCGGUCGAACCUGCAACUUAAUCAUAAUUAAUUCUGGGGAAGGCUGCGGGGAGGAGGGCUACUCUCAUCAUCCCGGGACCGGAGUGAAAACCUCACCGCAAGCUCCUCUUGCAGCGGAAUAAUUAGCAGCACCGGUGUGUGUGUGUGUGUGAGACAGGCUGUAUUGGACUCAAGAAAAGGCUGGUGGACCGGAGAGGACAAGUGUGGACCCUGUGAAGUUUUAGUGUGACAGCCGGGGUUUUUUUUUUAAGGAGCGCGGCGGACCGGAGAGAAAGUGUUGUGGAGGUUAUAGCCCCCCCCGCCACCCCCAGUCAAUGCGUCGGCUCCCGGUGUCUACUGAUGGACUGAGCCCGGUGGCAUUCGGACCAGCUCCCCCUCGUUUUCAGCAGUUUUAGUCGAUAUCUCAGACCGAAAUGGUGCCCUGUAUCAUUUUCAUCGCCUUGUUUCUCACCGCGGCCCGAUCCCAAGAUAUCCAUCCCUCACAGGCGUCAUCAUCCUCUAUUAGUGAGUCUUGUGACUCCUUGUGCUCCUGUGAGGGAAAAGAUGGCAUCCUUCAUCUUAACUGCGAGCAGAGAAACAUCAGCAAAAUCUCCCAAAUCAAAGUCCCGUCAGGUGUGCCCUUCCACCUGAACCUUUACAAAAAUGACUUGGUUGAGCUCCGCGCCGAGGAAAUGGAAGGGCUUAAGAGUGCCCUUUCGCUGCACAUUGGGGGUAAUAGCAUACAAGAGCUGGAACCAGGGGUCUUUAGCACUCUCGGUUCACUGAAAAAACUCCACAUAAAUAGCAAUUUCCUCGUCACUCUGAAAGAGGAUACUUUCCAAGGCCUUGUGAAUUUGGAGUUUCUCCAGGCUGACACAAAUUUCAUUCGGGUCAUCGAGCCGGGGGCCUUCAACAAACUGAUCCGCCUCAAGGUGCUCAUCCUCAAUGAUAAUUCCAUCGAGUUUUUACCAAGCAACAUUUUCCGGUUCGUGCCCCUCACCCACCUGGACUUACGUGGCAACAAGCUCCAGACGCUGCCUUAUGUGGGGUUUUUGGAGCACAUCGGACGGAUAAUGGAACUUCUCCUGGAGGACAAUGAGUGGGUCUGUGACUGUGAUAUUUUGCAUUUAAAAAUCUGGAUGGAGAACAUGAGGGCCCAGUCAGCGAUCGGGGAUGUGGUCUGCAGCACACCGCAUCACCUUAAGGGCACCAUUCUGGCUAAAGUCAAGCGGGAUGUUCUCUGCCCAUCUCAUGCAGAUAUUAACCUGGAGGAGCCGUCAAAGUCACUGGACAUGGUUGUUACUCCCUCAUCUAAAGUGUCUCAGAUUCCCAAGUUGAACAACGCCAAAGAUGACGCGAAGGUACCGACACCGUCUCACAUUCCUGGCAGUCCUUGUGUGGAGCACUGUGCCUGUCACAAUCACCCCGUGGCAGGGUUUUUGAUGCAUUGUCAAGAUAGAGGCAUUCAAAAGCUAUCGGAUAUCGGAAUACUUCAGCAAAGCCCCACUAAACUAGUGCUGACAGGAAAUAUGAUUCAGAAACUCCUGAAGUUUGAUUUUGUCACAUAUGAUAGUUUAGAGUGGCUCAACUUGGCAAACAACAGAAUUGAUUACAUUGAUAAUGAAACUUUCCUGAGCUUGAGCAGUUUGAAAAAGCUGUAUUUAAAUGGCAACAGAAUUGAAAAGCUGUUCUCCACAAUGUUUGUGGGGUUGCACAACCUCGAAUACCUGUAUCUGGAAUACAACCUUAUCAAAGAGAUUGCUCCAGGCACAUUUAAUCCCCUGCCAAACCUGAAGCUGUUGUCAUUAAAUAACAACCUGCUCAGCUCUCUUCCAGCACAGAUAUUUCGCAAUGUGCCCCUCGCCAAAUUAAACCUGAAGAAGAAUCUACUUAUGCACCUGCCAGUGAGCAAUGUGCUUGAUCAACUUGACUCACUAGAGCAGAUUUAUUUAGAGGACAACCCUUGGGAUUGCAGCUGUGACUUGCUCAGCCUCAGACAAUGGGUGGAGAAACUCCGAAAGGACACAGUGGUGGGCUCCAUUUUGUGUCACACCCCAAAGAAAGUGAUGCAGGCAGAACUAAGAAGCGUUCGCCAUGAGGUGCUGUGUCCCGGUCUGGGGACCUACUACCCCAUGUCCCCAGAUGGGGAGGAGAGCACGACAGCCACACUGGGGCCUGACGGCACCGGCAAAGGAUUGUUCAGCUCACUCACAGACACCGUCCCGCUCUCUGUGCUCAUCUUAAGCCUUCUUAUGUUUGUUCUCAUGAUUAUAUUCUGCUCGGCCGGACUGGUGGUACUGGUGGUGCACCGGCGGCGGCGAAGGGCAAAGAAAAAAGCAGCAGAGGAGCAGCCCCGAGAAAACACCAGCAGCAGUCCCAUUCACUUGCAUUACAGCAUGUACGGGCAGAAAACGACCCACCACACUCUGACACAAAGAACCGGGUCGGCCUCUCUGUACGAAGAGAGAUCACACAGCCCCAUCGUGCAGAUCUGCCGCAACCCCACCUACUGCUCCCAGCACAAGGAACACGACGCAGAUUUGGAUUACAGCAUGGACGAGCCCGGCUCCAAGCACCACGUCUGCCGGAGCAUCAUGGAGAAGGAGAACACCUCUCCGCUCACCGGCAACCCCAGCUCCAAGUUCAGACCCAUGACGGGAGAGUGCCCCGCCGAGUUCGUCACGCUCGGAAAUCCCAACUCCUUGUACAGGAACAUUCUGGAGAGGGAGAAGGAGCUGCAGCAGCUUGGAAUAACAGAGUACCUAAGGAAAAACAUGCCCCAGCUUCAGUCUGCUGUAGACAUGCAGGUCCCGGGACACCAGGAGGAGUUAAAGCUAAUGGAGACAAUUAUGUACUCGAGACCACGCAAGGUCAUGCUUGAGCAAACUAAGAACGAGUACUUUGAACUCAAGGCUAACUUGCAUACUGAACCAGACUACUUGGAGGUUCUGGAGCAUCAAACUGCAUUUAACUGAAAGAAAACAAUUCUAUAAAUAUAUAUAUUAUGUUUUGAACCAAGUGCCUUGUCCUGUUUGCCCUCUCGUACUUUCCACAGUGUGAAAUAUAUAUCAUGGGCACAUCACUUUAAGUUUAAUUGUAGCACAGAAUGUAACUGGUUUUCUCUUUUUGUUACUUUGUAUCUGUUGACAGCCAUGUUAUGUAGCUGGUGAAAGGUGUAGUAUUUUUGGCCAAAUGUAACUUAAAGAAGCUAGCGCAGUCUGUUGUGCGGGCCUGGGUUUAAACCAUCUUCAAAAUCCAGUCAAUCAGCUUUUUAUGAUUGAUUACAUUUCCACGGCGCACUGCUGCCAAAUGAAUUGAUCUGCACAGUGCACCCCCCUCCCCCCAUCUGACAUCCUGGUAGAAUAAAGCAGAUGUCUGGAAAAGAAGUGAGUGAAUUUCAAUCACCACUUGACCCAGAAUUGCUGUUUAAUCAGUGUAUCCUGACUCUGGCUAUGACCUGAUUACACCCUCUGUCAACAUAAGCCAGCUGGAAUGCUGUAACCGGAAUGCUCAUUGUGCCAAGUGUACGUUGAAAAACAGCGAUAUAGGAGUGUGCUUCUACUGCUCUCUUCCUGUCAGUUCCUUUGAUCGAUCCAAUACACUGCGCACUCGCAGUCAUAGGGACGUUAUUUAUUUUUAUACAGACUGGUGAUAUUUACAGAAAGGAUGAAUUUUCUUCUAUCAAUCAGUAAAUGCAGCACUUAAAGUACAGUCUAUUAUACACAACUGUAAUCUUGUAAAAAUGCAUUGCACUAAUCAAAUGCCAUAAGAUGGUGCAUGACAAUCAACAGAGUCCUGCUGAAACUUUUUUUUGUUUUUAAUGUCUGCCAGAAAAAAUGAGCCACAAAUGUGUGUUUGUGUGUCUGUGUGCGCGAGCGUAUGUGAGACUGCGUUUAACGUCACUUAUUUAUGUCUGAAAAUAUUCAAAUAGCAUUCAGGAACAUCCGCUCCGUCCUCUUGCUGAGACUGGCUGAUCGGGAACUGUGUUUGAACUGAUCAGAGACGGGGGACAUAUUAACCCGCCAGCACACGAAUGGUUACCGACGAGCAACAUUACUCAAAAAGCUCCAGUUUUUUCACGCAGACAACCUGCCGACGGACUCCAGCCAGCAUUUGUCUGUUUCUCAGCUCUUAUUAAAAGCAAUGGACUGCUGGCCGACUGACGUUUGCAACGUGGACAUUGUCAGGAUUUAUACUCUACACACCAACCAUACUCCCAGAAACUAAUCCAACUCUGAAAACGGUUCAUGUAAGCACACACUCUGUAGCUUUUCUACUCAACUAGAUUUCAUUAUUUAUUCUGUAUAUUUUGUAAAUACCUGUGUUCCAUUAUAUCUUUUGGUUUUUGUGUGCCUUCAGUGCUGUACAGAAUAUAAACAGAAGUUGUAACUGAUAAACAGGAAAUAAAGAUAUUACAUGAA